AACAAAGAGUUCCUCAAGAUAGCCUCUGAUUCAUGAAAGAGUGCACUACUAGUCUAAUCGUUCUUUUUGGGAGGGAAACAAGUGAUUGCAGAACAAGAUCAGUCCAAGUUUCACGUUUUAUUGCAGGCACGUGCAGGGGAUGGCCUAAAAUUCAAAUUUCGAGUUCUUUCAAGUUGACGCGAUGAUUGGCCUUAAGAGCACUCUCAAUGUGAUAGACAACUCGGGAGCUCUCAUUGUUGAAUGCAUCAAUGUCCUGAAAAACAAAGUCAACAACGGAUGGGGGUCCGUCGGUGACGAGAUCGUAUGCGUCGUCCAGAGUGCCAGGCCAAUCACUGCAGCGGCGCAGGCCUCUUUGACUGCUAUCAAGGUCCGAAGAGGAGAUGUGCGGCGUGCUGUUAUUGUACGCACAAGAAAACCAGUACGACGACCAGACGGCCGAAUCGUUCGCUUCGACGACAAUGCCGCAGUGCUGCUAAACAACAAGAAGGAAAUGCUGGGGACACGUGUCGGUGGCAUCGUGAGUGCGGAUCUACGGAUGAAGGGGUGGGGUAAAAUCGUCAGUCUGGCACCCAGAGUUGUGUAGCGUUCUUGUAAUAUGUCAGUUUAUCUUUGGCAGCGGCGGACUGGAUUGAUCUCAGAUUGCCGCUUCUCUGGG